AUGUCGAACGUUUUCUUCCCCUACUCUCAGGCGCCUUUGCGCACCAUCAAGGAAAUCCAGUUUGGUGUUUUCUCGCCUGAUGAGAUCAAACGGAUGAGUGUGGUUCACGUGGAAUAUCCUGAAACUAUGGACGAGCAGCGACAACGCCCCCGAACCAAGGGUGUAAACGACCCACGACUCGGAACUGUCGAUCGACAAUACAACUGCGAGACUUGUGAAGAGGGACCUAAGGAGUGCCCAGGACACUUUGGUCACAUCGAACUCGCAUCUCCCGUCUUUCACAUCGGAUUUUUGGUCAAAAUCAAGAAGCUUUUGGAAACCGUCUGCCACAAUUGUGGAAAGAUCAAGGCCAACACGGGCGAUGCCAAGUUUGCGGAUGCUUUGCGUAUCCGAGACCCGAAAAAACGAUUUGACUCCAUUUGGCGACAAUCGAAGGAUGUGACUGUUUGCGAGGCCGAUCCGUCUGACGAGGAUGAUAAUAUGGAGAAAGAGAAAGGUAAAGCUUCAAAGGCUUUGCACGGUGGAUGCGGUAAUGCACAGCCCACUGUUCGCAAAGAUGGAAUUAGCCUAGUAGGCACGUGGAAGGCCCCCAAGAGCGAGGAUGGUACAGCCCAGCCUGAGAAGAAGGUCAUCACACCUACAAUGGCUUUGAAUAUCUUCAAGAACAUUUCCCAUGAAGACGUACGCAUCAUGGGUCUUAGCAACGACUAUGCCCGUCCCGAAUGGAUGAUUCUUACGGUUCUUCCCGUCCCUCCCCCCACAGUUCGCCCCAGUGUUGUGAUGGGAGCUGCAGCCAAUGCCCGUGGUGAGGACGAUUUGACCUACAAGUUGGCAGAAAUUGUUCGCGCAAACCAGAACGUUCAGCGCUGCGAACAAGAAGGCGCCCCCGAUCACGUCAUCCGCGAGUUCGAAUCCUUGUUGCAAUACCAUAUCGCCACUUACAUGGAUAACGACAUUGCCGGCCAGCCCAAGGCGAUGCAGAAAGGUAACCGACCCGUGAAAGCCCUGCGCAGUCGUCUUAAGGGAAAGGAGGGUCGUUUGCGACAAAACUUGAUGGGAAAGCGUGUCGACUUCUCUGCACGUACCGUCAUCACUGGUGACCCCAACCUGUCUCUGGACGAAGUUGGUGUACCUACCUCGACCGCCCGGAUAUUGACCUACCCGGAAGUUGUGACUCCGUACAACAUCGAAAAGCUCCAGGCAUUAGUUUCAAGAGGUCCAAACAUACACCCCGGUGCGCGAUACAUUGUUCGUGAUAACGGCGAGCGAAUUGAUCUUCGUCAUGCGAAGCGCGCUGGUGCUCAGCAGUUGCUUUAUGGCUGGAAGGUCGAGCGCCAUCUUGAUAACGGUGAUAUUAUUCUGUUUAAUCGUCAACCUUCUCUACACAAGGAGUCCAUGAUGGCUCAUCGUGUCCGGGUUAUGCCUUACUCAACUUUCAGACUUAACCUCUCGGUCACGUCUCCUUACAACGCCGAUUUCGAUGGUGACGAAAUGAACUUGCACGUUCCCCAGAGCGAGGAAGCGCGUGCGGAGCUUCUGGAGCUUGCUCUAGUCCCGACCAAUAUUGUUUCUCCUCAACGUAACGGCCCAAUCAUGGGUAUUGUGCAGGAUACUCUGUGCGGUGUCUAUAAGCUUUGCCGUCGUGAUGUGUUCCUUACCAAGGAACAGGUCAUGAACAUCAUGCUCUGGGUACCCAACUGGGAUGGUGUGAUUCCCGAUCCCGCCAUUCUGAAGCCUCGUCCUCGCUGGACUGGAAAACAGAUGAUCAGUAUGGCUUUCCCCACCGGUCUCAAUCUUCUGCGCGUCGACAAGGAUAACUCGCCUCUUUCUGAGAAAUUCAGUCCUGUCAAUGAUACUGGCCUGUUGAUUCACGGUGGUCAGCUUUUGUACGGCUUGCUUUCCAAGAAGAUCGUUGGCGCUACAGGUGGAGGUGUCAUUCACACAAUUUUCAACGAGUGGGGACCUGAAGCUGCAGUCCUUUUCUUUAACUCUUGCCAAACUAUUGUUAACUACUGGCUUCUACACAAUGGUUUCAGCAUCGGUAUUGGUGAUACAAUUCCGGAUUCUGAUACCAUUCAGAAGAUUGUGGAUGCUGUUCGUGAACGCAAGAAUGAAGUCGAGGAAAUCACUGCGAGCGCCACAGCAAACACCCUCGAGGCCUUGCCCGGUAUGAAUGUUCGUGAAACCUUCGAAAGCAAGGUGUCUCGUGCCCUCAACAACGCGCGUGAUGAGGCUGGUGAUGUUACAGAGAAGAGUCUCAAGGAUUUGAACAACGCAAUUCAAAUGGCUCGUUCAGGUUCAAAGGGUUCAUCCAUCAAUAUCUCUCAAAUGACGGCCGUUGUGGGACAGCAAUCCGUGGAAGGAAAGCGCAUUCCUUUCGGCUUCAAGUACCGCACCCUACCUCAUUUCACCAAAGAUGAUUAUUCUCCCGAGUCUCGUGGUUUUGUAGAAAACUCCUACCUGCGUGGCUUGACCCCCACCGAAUUCUUCUUCCACGCUAUGGCUGGUCGUGAAGGUUUGAUUGAUACUGCAGUCAAAACCGCAGAGACUGGUUACAUUCAGCGUAAGCUGGUCAAGGCUCUAGAGGAAGUGAUGGUCAAGUACGAUGGCACUGUUCGUAACUCGCUGGGUGAUGUUAUCCAAUUCAUUUACGGAGAAGAUGGACUUGAUGGCCAGCACAUCGAGAACCAGCGUGUUGACAUCAUCCGUUGUUCCGAUGCUAAGAUGCGGGAGCGCUUCCGUGUCGAUGUCAUGGAUGCUGAGCAAAGCCUCGGCCCCGAAGUAUUGGAGCAAGCUAACGAGAUUUCUGGUGAUAUCGAGGUUCAGAGAUAUUUCGAUGAAGAAUGGGAAGCAAUUCUCAAGGAUCGUGAAUUCCUCCGGACUGUUGCCAAGGAAGAUGAAGAGAUGAUGCAGCUUCCCAUCAAUGUGCAGCGUAUUCUGGAAAUGGCCCGCACUACAUUCCGCAUUCGUGAAGGCUCCAUCAGUGAUUUGCACCCUGCCGAGGUAAUUCCUCAGGUCCAGGCUCUUCUUGAGCGACUUGUCAUUGUCCGCGGUAGCGAUCCGAUCUCACAAGAGGCACAGGAGAAUGCAACAUUGCUGUUCAAGGCCCAGUUGCGUAGUCGUCUUGCCUUCCGUCGCCUUGUCACCGAGUAUUCGCUCAACAAACUUGCUUUCCAGCAUGUUAUCGGUGCCAUUGAAAGUCGUUUCGCUCGCGCUGCGGCCCAUCCUGGUGAAAUGGUUGGUGUUCUUGCAGCCCAAUCCAUUGGUGAGCCUGCUACUCAAAUGACUCUGAACACUUUCCACUUUGCUGGUGUUUCUUCAAAGAACGUUACCCUUGGUGUGCCUCGUCUUAAGGAAAUUCUGAACGUUGCCACGAACAUCAAGACGCCUUCCAUGACUGUUUACCAGGAACUGGACAAUACAUACAAUAAAGAGGGUGCCAAGCAGCUGCGCAGUGUCGUUGAGCAUACCAGCUUGCGAUCCGUCACGGAGGCUACUGAGAUCUAUUACGAUCCAGAGAUUCAAUCUACUGUCAUUGAAAAUGAUCGUGACAUGGUUGAGUCUUACUACAUUAUUCCUGAGGAUGUUGGUGGGGAGCCCUCUCAUCAGUCCAAGUGGCUGCUUCGUAUCAUCCUUAGUCGACCCAAGCUUCUUGACAAGAGCCUUACGGUGCAGGAAGUUGCCGCGAAGAUUAAGGAAGCCUACCCUCGCGAUAUCGCUGUCAUCUUCAGCGAUAACAACGCCGAUGAACAGGUCAUCCGUAUUCGUCAAAUCCAGGACGCCAAAGACGAGGAAGAAGACGAAGAUGUCGAGUACGACGUUACUCUGAAGAAACUCGAGCAGCAUCUUUUGGACACUCUGACUCUUCGUGGUGUUCCCGGUGUGGAGCGUGCUUUCAUUAAUGAGAAGAGCAAGGUUCGUGUUCUUGAAGAUGGCGCCCUCUUCACUAGCAAGUCGGAUCCUCUUUGCAAGGAGUGGGUUCUUGAGACCAGCGGCUCUUCCCUGGCGCCAGUGCUUACGCUCCCUGGUGUGGAUGCUACCCGCACAUACUCCAACCAGUUUAUCGAAAUUUUCCAAGUCUUCGGUAUCGAAGCUGCUCGUACGGCUGUGCUGCGGGAGCUGACACAGGUGCUGGCUUUCGACGGAUCCUACGUCAAUCAUCGUCACUUGGCUCUUUUGGUAGAUGUUAUGACCGUGCGUGGCUAUCUGACCCCUGUUACUCGUCACGGUAUCAACCGUGCCGACAAUGGUGCUCUCAUGCGUUGUUCGUUCGAGGAGACUGUCGAAAUUUUGCUGGACGCGGCUGCUUUCGGAGAGCUUGAUGACUGUCGUGGUGUGUCGGAGAACCUGAUUUUGGGACAGAUGGCCCCUGCUGGAACAGGAGAGUUUGACGUUCUCUUGGAUCAGGACUUGCUCAACACUGUUGUGUCUAAUAAUGCUCGUUUCGGGCUUGCCGUCGGUGCUAAGGAUGCGAUCAUUUCUGAUGGUGCUUCUACUCAGUAUGACACCGGCUCGCCAAUGGCCAGUUCCCCUUACAUGGCGGAUGGCGAUCCAGAUGCCAAGUUUUCGCCUAUUCACUUGACUGGCGCUGAAUCUCCUGGUGGUCUUACCAACUAUCGGGCCCAGGACUACGGCGGUGCGUUUAGCCCUGGUACUCGUAGCCCGUCUCCGUACAACCCAGCCAGUCCCUUCAGCACCAGCCCGUCUUCGCCUAGCUACUCGCAGUCCAGCUAUUCUCCCACCUCUCCUUUCAUGGGUAGUACUUCCCCUGGUUUCUCGCCUACAAGUCCCUCGUUUAUGCCUACUUCGCCCGGCUACUCACCGACCUCUCCUGCGUAUGCUACAUCCCCUGCUUACGGCCAAGCUUCCCCGACGUCGCCUUCUUAUUCGCCUACUUCGCCUGGGUUCUCACCAACCUCUCCGAAUUACAGCCCGACGUCGCCAAGCUUCAGCCCGGCUUCGCCUGCUUUUAGUCCGACAUCUCCUAGCUACAGCCCCACGAGCCCUGCUCUUGGUGGCGGUCGUCACCUGUCCCCGACAUCUCCCACAUCCCCCAAGUACACCCCAACCUCUCCUGGUUGGUCACCCACGAGCCCUCAGACGUACUCCCCUACGUCUCCCAACUUCCUUGGCUCUCCUACUUCGCCAACCUCUCCGGGCUACAGUCCUACUUCGCCUGCUUACAGUCCCACGAAGUCUCGUGAGGUAUCAAAAUUUGAGAUCAGUCCAGAUUAA